AUGCUCUAUUGCUGCUGUUGUGGCAAGCAGCAAAGAGGAAAGAAUGCUGAUGACAUGACAAGGAUGACAUCUCAAGCUUUUGAAGAAGGCAGCAAAAAGAGUGGUGUCCUGGUAAGCAAGACCAGUGCAAUGCACAGCUCUGGGUUGAGAAUGUGGCUGGGGGUCACAGUUCUGAUUUCUCUUGCUGUGAGUUUGGCUGUGGAGGAAGCAACUGAUGAAGGAAUACCUUGUUCAAAGUACCAGCAAGCUUUCAACCAUUCAUGCUAUGAGUUUGUUAGACUCCAGCAAACCUUCACAGGUGCCCAGAGCUGGUGUGAGAGAGGAGGAGGGCAUCUUGUCUUUAUUAAAAAUGAAGAAACUCAAGAGUUCUUGCAAAAACAUAUUGCUGAGAAUCAGGAAUGGUGGAUAGGACUGAUCUCAAACUCCUUGCUGAAUGAAACUACUGAUGGGUCAAUAACUUGGCUGGACACUUCAAAUAUCAUCUACAGUAACUGGUACAAGGAUCAGCCAUCUCCCUUCUCAUCCAUGUGUGGGUACAUCCUGAAGAAUGCCAAGUAUCAGUGGGGUGUGACUGAAAAUUGCAGCCAGGAAUUUGACUUCAUUUGCGAGUUUGAAUCUGGCCAGAGCAUCGCUUGUGAUAAUUCCAAUGCCACUGUACAGUGUGGAUCAGGAGAAGUGAUUCAAAUUGAAGAGAGCUUCUAUGGGAGGAAGACCCCUCACUACUGUGUGUCAGAGACUUCUCUGCAGUUUAACAGAGAUGAAGGCUGCAGCUGGCUCAGUGUCAAGGAUGAAGUAGCAGGCCAGUGUCACGGGCUGCAGGCCUGCCAGGUGGCAGCAGAUGGCACGUUCUUUGGAGAUCCUUGUCCAGCUUUGGGAAGCUAUUUGUCAAUUCAAUACCACUGCAAGGAAGGUCUGCAGCUGGUUAUGAAAGACACAUGUUUUGUCUUUGAAAAUAUCACAGUCACUUUGAUCUGGCUGCUUUCACCAUAUUCUGGGAACCUUUCCUGUACCAUUAGCACUGGAGAUGGUCACACCAUUGAUCCUUACUACCCUCUAACACUGGUCAGCAACCUCACAUACAGGUACUCCUCUCCUGGGGAGUUUAGUGUUUUUGUGGAGUGCACCAGCAGCGAGUGGCACGUGAUGGCCCAGAAGCAGGUGACAGUUCAAGAGCAGGAGGAUCAGCUCAGCAUUACCGGGUGCUACAGCCAGUACGAGGCAGGGAACAGCUCCCGCUGCCGAACGCUCUAUGGGGAGCUGCUCUGGAUCCAGGUUCAGCUCACUGGAGGCAAUGGAGUAACCUACAGCGUGUUAGCAGAUAACAUGACACUGAGUGAAUCCAGGGCAAAGGAAGGUCUUGUCCCCCAUAACCUGACACUGGGCAGGGCCUCUCAAGAACUGAUAGGCCCAGGGAUGCACCAGCUGGAGAUCCGAGCAUCCAGGAGCACGAUGGCAUCGCAGAUCUCUGCGACUAUUGCUGUUCAUUUAAUUGAGCCAGUAUCUGGAAUUCAGGCUGCAGUGGCUUCCCACACUCUGCAGCUGGGGCAGGAUUUGGAGGUGAAUGUCUCUGCGUCCCAUGGUGCCCCAGAGGAGCUGAUGUUUGAGGUGACUGGAUCCAACCAAAGCCAGUGGCACAAAGCAGACGGCCCUCGUGGGGAGCUGCGGGUAUACAGCAUUCCUGUGCCCUGGGAAGGUACUUAUCUAGUGAAAGUGGUGGCCAUGAAUGACUUCUCAAACAUGAGUCUGGAUCUUGGAUUCAUCACUGUGUUGGCAAACAGCUCCCAUAAAGAAGAUUCUGAUAAGGAAGAAGGCAGCUACAAAACAAAUACCCCAAAGAAAAAAGAUCACAAAAUAUAUAUUAAACCGAGUCGCCAUGUGGAUCCUUUCACAACUGUUACACUUGGCUGGCCAGACAACAACAAUAAUUCCAGUUUUCUCUGGACCUGUGGAGCUUGCUGGCCCGCCUGGAAUGAAUGUGUGAAGCAACAGAUAAUUCUAAUCAACCAAAGCGAGGUGCAAAUCCCACCUUCCUGCCUUCCUCCUCCGAAAUCAGCAGUGACUGUCAGGAUUACAGUCCAAAACCAUGGCAGUGAAGAGAGGCAGGAUGAGCAAUGUCUCUAUGUGACUGCAAAACAAGAACUGCAACUGGAAAUCAGGUGUGAGGCAAACUGCAAGCCAGUGAAUGUUAGUGAUGAAGUUGUUUUGAGUGUCUCUGGACAGGAGGACUCCCAGGCCAUAUAUUAUAACUGGUAUUUAGAUAACACGUUACAAAAUAAGCCUAUAACCCUCCCUCUAGCCUGUGGCCUGACUGGUUUCCAGCAGCACUCUUUGAAUUUGCUUCAAAGCAACUCAUCUGUGUUGAGGAUGACCAGCUCCUUCUUGCAGACACAGGGAGAAGCUUUUCAGAUUAAAGUAACAGCCAGGACUGAGCGCGGUUACGGGGAGCGCUGGUUCCUGCUGAGCACCGUGCCCCCGCCCGCAGCCCCCGGCUGUGCCCUGAGUCCCGAGCACGGCACGGUGCUCACCGCCUUCAGAGUCUCCUGCAGCGCUCCCGGUUCAGCCAGCCCUGGCGGGCAGCUCACCUAUUGCUUCUAUGUCACACCAGAUUCCCUUCUGGAUUGUAGCCCAGAUCCUGAACUCUUCCCAGUUUAUCUUCCACUUGGAGAAGAGGAAAAUGAUUUUAUUUUACAUGUGAAAAUUAUUGUUAGCAACAACUUUGGUGACACAGUUCAAACAAAUGCUUCAGUGAAGGUUGGACCUGCAGAUAUGAUAGAUGGGAACCUGACCCUGCAGGCUGUGGUAUCUGAGAAGGAAAACACCAUCCUAAAAGAUGGGAACAGCAGCAUGAGUCUCUUCCAGCUGUACAAGUCAGUGACAUCUGUCCUUAAUCAGCAGAUCCAAGAGGAAAGUUUUAACAUGUCUUUACCGACAGACACACGAAAAGAGCUCCGAGGGCUGAUGCUGACAACUCUCUCUGUUGUUAACAUAACAUCAAUGCAGACUGCUCUGAAGAUGUCAGAGGUAUUGAAAGAAAUCACUUACAGGAGUGAGGAGCUGUCUGUCUCAGCACAGGUGGAAGCCAGCAACACUCUGAAACAUGUCAGUGCCUCCUUGCUCACUGUAAACACAGAGCACAGCAGAGAUGGUCAGGAGUUAAAGGAAGCAGCCAACUAUUUGUUUAAUGCAGUGAGCAGUGUUCUUAAAGCUUCUGUAGAAAUCAGAGCUGGGAAUACUUCAGUGCCAGAGGCAAAACAGAUUUUCUUCUAUCCACUCCUUUUGCCCCAUAAUUCAAGGAAGUCACAGAGCUCAGUGUCACACCAGCUCCUGAGAACAGUUGAAAAUCUCCAGAGUGCCCUUCUGUUUGGGAAGGCACCAGGCGAUGAGCCAACAGUGCUCACCUCUCCCUCUGCCACAAUGUAUAUGCACAGAUUGCAAACAGAAAACAUGGAUAGCACAUCCAUUAACAUCUCCAGUUCCAGCUCUGCCAGCUUUACUCUCCCACCUGCUUCCUCUCUCAAUAUUUCAGGAGUUGAUGGUGAAACAGUGGAUAUAAGGAUGGUGAGCUUUGCCAUGAAUCCCUUUUUCUCCAGUGACAGCAGUUUUGACAUCAGUGGAACAGUGGGAGGUCUAAGUCUAACUGGUCUGGAUGGUUUGAUCAUACCAGUCAGCAACCUCAAAGAGAACAUUGAGAUCAUGUUACCAAGGCUUUCAGCAACUGAGGAAGAUAAGAUUCUGUUGAAUCUGGGCAAUUAUAGCACUUUUCAAGUCAAUGUUACCUCAGAAAACACAUCUAUAGUGAUCCACCUGGAAUCUGAACAUGACAUUCCCCUAAUACUUUACUUGGGCUAUGGUUAUCACCCAAAUGAAACCAACUAUGAUAUGAAAAAUCAUCUGUUCUGUAAGAAAACUUCUGGAGGUGAGACAAACAGCUGGGUUCUCAGCCCAGAACUCAUUUUUGGAGAGGGAACCUACUAUUUCAUGGUUUUACAAGAUAUGGGAAUGGAUUCAACAGUCUACAAUGGGCUAACCAUAAAUGCCACUUGCUUUGCAUCCCACUGUGUGUUUUGGGACGAGCACCAGGGAGGCUGGAACAGCUAUGGAUGUCAUGUAGGACCAAAAACAAAUCCUAGCAGCACACAGUGCCUCUGCAACCAUCUGACCUUCUUUGGGAGCUCCUUCUUUGUCAUACCCAAUGCCAUAGAUGUCAGCAAAACCGCACAGCUGUUUGGUACAUUUGUGGACAAUCCUGUGGUGGUGACAACUGUAGGAUGCAUAUUUCUGAUAUAUGUGCUUGUAGUUAUUUGGGCUCGAAGGAAAGACAUCCAGGAUGAUGCCAAAGUGAAAAUCACAGUCCUGGAAGACAAUGACCCCUUUGCUCAGUAUCGUUACCUUGUGACAGUUUUCACAGGACACCGCCGUGGUGCAGCCACAACCUCCAAGGUGACUCUCACCCUCUAUGGACUGGAUGGAGAGAGUGAGCCCCAUCAUCUAAAUGAUCCUGAUACACCAGUCUUUGAACGUGGAGGAGUGGAUGUUUUCCUGCUCUGUACCUUCUUCCCUCUUGGGGAACUGCAGAGUAUUAGAUUGUGGCAUGAUAAUUCAGGGGACAGUCCGUCCUGGUAUGUGAAUCGAGUAUUAGUCCAUGACCUGGCAUGGGAUCAGAAAUGGUAUUUCCUCUGCAACUCUUGGCUAGCCAUUGAUAUUGGAGAAUGUGUCCUAGAUAAAGUGUUCCCAGUAGCAACAGAACAGGACAUGAAGCAGUUCAGCAAUCUGUUUUUCAUGAAGACCUCCAAGGGUUUCCAGGAUGGGCACAUCUGGUACUCGGUGUUCAGCCGCUCCCCUCGAAGCUCCUUCACGCGAGCCCAGCGGGUGUCUUGCUGCUUCUCACUGCUCCUCUGCACCAUGCUGACCAGCAUCAUGUUCUGGGGUGUGCCAAAGGAUCCUGCUGAGCAGAAAAUGGAUCUGGGUAAGAUCGAAUUCACAUGGCAGGAAGUGAUGAUUGGCUUUGAGAGCUCCCUCCUCAUGUUCCCCAUCAACCUGCUCAUUGUGCAGAUCUUCAGGAACGUACGACCCCGGCCAGCCCAACUGGGCAGAGAGAAGAAGCCGGGAAAGAAUGGCCGAGUGUCCCCAAGCCUGCCUCCCACUCCAGGGGCCACCCAGGCUGCCUCUCUCACUCCGGAGGCUGUGACAAAGGACAUAAGAAGAAUUGCCAACUCACUCUUUAAAGCCCUGAAGACUCCAUCUCUCACCUCAGCACCAGACUUCGAAAAAUUAGCUAAUAUCAACACACUCCUGUCAUUGGUUGAGGAUGUCAUCUGUCAGAACAGAGCUGGGCAAGGGUUUUGUGAUGAGAGCAAGAAGGAUGGCCCUAUAAUUGUCACAUUGGGUGCUAUGGAUAUCCAAGAAAAAACAAGAAGUCCAACUCCAGAGAAGAGGAUUUGUGACCAGCUGAAAUACAGUGGUUACCAUCGCUGCUUGUACAUGCAACUCCAGCAUGUAGAGAUGGAGCUGGAAUUACUGGGGCCCCAUAAAUUUCAGAUGCCUCAGAGUUACACACAAGCUGUUUGUCAGGUUCAGCAUAUGAAGAACCUCCUGGAGAACCAAAUCUGCUCAUCAGCAUCCAUCAGUGAGGGGUGGUCCCAUACUCCAAAUUUGUCUAGUGAUGACAAGAAAAGUUCUUCUCCCAGAGGGCUGCCCUGGUGGUUUGUGUUCAUUGCUUGGUUCCUUGUGGCAGCCACCAGCAGUGUGUCUGGGUUCUUCACCAUGCUCUACGGACUCCAUUAUGGCAAGGAGAACUCCAUCAAGUGGCUCAUCUCCAUGGUCAUCUCCUUCUUGGAAAGUCUUUUCAUCACACAGCCCUUAAAGGUGCUGGGAUUUGCUGCUUUUUUUGCUCUGGUUCUGAAGAAGAUGGAACAUGAGGAUGAAGAAAACACAGCUAUUGAUGGACCUUUAUCUGCACCAGGUGAUUCACACCCUCUCUUCGGGGUCCGAAGGGACAGUAGGAGCAACAUUUACCGGCCACCUCCUGCUGCUGAUGUGGAGAAAAUGAAAAUCAGCCACAUGAAGGAGCAGAAAGCAUUUGCCCUCAUCAGAGAAAUCCUGGCCUAUCUGGGGUUUUUAUGGAUGCUGUUACUGGUUGCCUAUGGGCAGAGAGACCCCAAUUCCUACUAUUUAAACAAACACAUUGAGGACAGCUUUACAGAUGGAUUCCAUGAUGUCUACAGUUACCAGGAUUUUUUCACGUGGGCAAACACUACUUUACUCAAAAAUCUUUAUGGAUCAUAUAAAGGAUUCAUUACAGAUGGCAAUUCCAAGCUGGUGGGUAGUGCUCGAAUUCGCCAAGUAAGAGUGAAAGGAGACACCUGCUCUAUUUCUCCCAGACUCCAGCACGUAGUUGAGGAAUGCCACGCUCCAUACUCCCUACAAACAGAAGAUACAUCAGUUUAUGGGGAGCACUGGAAUACCUCAGCCCCUGAUAACUCCUCUGACUUGAGCUCAGCAUGGCAGUAUCAGAGUCAGUCCAAACUGAGAGGAUACCCCAGCUGGGGUAAAUUUGCUGUCUACAGUGGAGGGGGAUAUGUGAUUCACCUGGGAACUGACCCUAAAAAUGCCUCCAGAAUUCUCCAGUACCUUUUCAACAAUGUUUGGCUUGACACCUUCACAAGAGCAGUGUUUGUUGAAUUUACAGUCUACAACGCCAACGUGAACCUGUUCUGCAUUAUAAGCCUGAUGUUUGAAAGCAAUGCUUUAGGGGCUUUCUUCACAAGUGCAGAGCUGCAAAGUGUCCGGCUGUACCCCUACACCGACAGCCUCCACAUCUUCGUGGUUGCAGCAGAAAUCAUUUAUUUCCUCUUCAUUGUGUACUACAUGAUAGUACAGGGAAAGCUGCUGAAGAGUCUGAGAUGGAGAUACUUCCAUAGCAAGUGGAAUCUCCUGGAGAUGGCCAUUAUAUUGAUUAGCUGGAGUGCUCUGUCAGUGUUUGUGAAACGGACAGUCCUUGGGACCAGGGACAUCAGCUACUACCAGGAACACAAGGAGGACUCCAUAAGCUUCAGUGAAACAGCAAGAGCUGAUGCAGUUCUUGGCUACCUGAUUGCAUUCCUGGUGCUUCUCUCCACAGUGAAACUGUGGCAUCUGCUGAGGCUCAACCCUAAACUGAACAUGAUCACUUCAACACUAAGGAGGGCAUGGGGUGAUAUCUCUGGGUUCAUCACUGUUAUUGCAAUCAUGUUCCUUGCCUAUUCCAUUGCUGCAAACCUGAUAUUUGGCUGGAAGCUCUACUCUUACAAAACCCUCCUUGAUUCAGCAGAGACCAUGGUCAGUCUUCAGCUGGGAAUCUUCAACUAUGAGGAGGUCUUGGACUACAAUCCAAUUUUAGGCUCCUUCUUAAUUGGAUCCUGCAUAGUUUUUAUGACAUUUGUGGUACUGAAUCUGUUCAUUUCGGUGAUUCUGGUUGCUUUUAGUGAGGAGCAGAAGCAUUACCAGGCUUCAGAAGAAGAGGAGAUUGUUGACCUAAUGCUAAUGAAACUCUUCAGUUUCUUUGGGAUAAAAUGCAAAAAGGAAGAGAAGCCAGUCACUGGUGAACAACUGGAGCAACCUGUCAGCAAGUGA